AUGGCCAAAAUGGAAGCUAUACUUGCAAACCUUUACAAGAAGUCUGAAGACAUGAAAAAAUUCAGGGCAGAAGUAAGAGGUAGUAUAAAAAGCCGAUGGGAGGUUAUUAAGAAUCUCGAAUCUCAGGUAGGACAGCUUUCACAUCAGACUCCAAAGUCCACUGAUAGUUUCCCGAGUGAUACUGAGAAAAAUCCAAGAGGAAAACUAAAGAAAGUAAGGUGGGAAGAAUGCAAGUCAAUCAAUCUAAGCAGUAAAGAAGUUUUGAAGGAAGAAAGUUCCCGACACUCAGAGCAUGAUGAAGGAAAGUCAAGGAAGAAUGUAAGGGAGAUAGAAGAAAUGGCUAGCCCUGAACAGAGGAAGGAAGAAAAAGAGAAAGAAGUCCUCAAGCCUUUUAUGCCACAAAUGCCUACAUACAUCAAGUGCAUAAAAGAGCUGCUCACCAAGAAAAGAACCUUAAAAGGGGGACAAACAGUGACAAUGAACAAGGAAUGUAGUGCCCUCAUCAAAAAAGGCGUACUCCUGAAGAAAAAAGAUCCAGGGAGCUUCCAUAUUCUAUGUGCCAUAGGAGAGACAAAAAUUGACAGAGGAUUUUGUGAUCUAGGGGCUAGCAUAAAUGUGAUGCCUCUGUCUCUUAUGAAAAAGUUGCAAAUCAAUGAGCUGAGAUCCACGGAUGUGAUCAUCCAAUUGGCAGAUAAAACUCAGAAGCAGGCCGAAGGAGUAGUUAAAAAUGUAUUGGUGAAAGUAGGAAACUACUUUCUCCCCACUGACUUUGUUGUUCUGGACAUGGAUGAAAGUUACCUCCAUCCCAUUAUUCUGGGGAGACCAUUUCUAGCCACUGCUAGAGCACUGAUAGAUGUAGAACAAGGAGAGUUAAUCCUGAGAAUACAUGAUGAACAUCUCACCUUCCAUGUUUUCAAACCUACAUCUGAGUCUGAACCAGAACCUAAAGAGCCAAAGGAUGAUCACAGCAACAUGUGCACAAAGGAAAGCAACAGUGAAUCAGUAGUUAAACCACUGAAGCAGUCCUUAGGGAACAAGCAAGAAUUUUAA